AUGCCUGCUGCUGACCCUAUUACUUUGGCUGCAACAAUGUCUGAGAGGAAAACAAAAUCCUUAUUCAACUUUUCAUCAACAACUGAGAGCGAAGUUGAAGAACAAGGUAUCAUUUUGGCAGGUGAAACAGCCAAUGAUACCAGUGACAGCUCAAGGUCUGAAUCAGACAAAAAUGUUACAGUAAUUGAGAAAGUCAUCACUCAGAAACACUCAGCUGAGCAGCCACUUCUAUCUACCCCUUCUGAAAAAAUAAGAAGUUUACAGUUCUCAGGAGGAGCAUAUAUUGGUUCCAGAAACAGUGGAUAG